CCCUACCUUACCCUUUUUCGGUUUUCUAAGCAUUCUCUCUAUCUCUCUCUUUCCUCUCUCUGUUCCUUCCUUCGCCGCGAAACCUCUUCUCCGCCGCCGGUAACCGCUUCUACAUUUCGAUGACCAAAUUCCGCGUCUCUGUAGGAAGCUGGUGACAGUCUUCCGAUUGAAACGCUUGCAUUCUCUCGCAAUUCGCUGUGGUUGGUUCUGUAAGGUGUUGGAUCUCUCUGCGAAGCGGUGACGGUGUUGUUUUCGUUGCUGUUCGAGAAUGUGGUGAGCCUGGUUGGGUUGUGAGGCUUGCUUUCAAUCUGCAUCGUUCUGGAUCGUGAUUUAGGGUUUGGCUCUGGGAUUUCGAUUAGGUUUUGUGAUUGUUUGCUUGUGAUUAGCGAAGACGGGGACCUAUAGGGAGCGACUCCGGAAUGAAAUGGUUGAACGAAGAUCAAGUUUAUCUAAGGAAGCUAGAAAUGGGUUAGAAUUUUUGAAGCGUAAAAGGCUUCAGAACGCAAAUAUGAUGAACAGAAGUGGUGGAGAUGCUUUAAGAUCUUCGGGAUCUUGUGGCAUGGGAUUGCAAGGGAGUGCAGAUGUCUUUUCCAAGCGGAAGGUGGAUAAGUUUGACACAAGUAAUCUGGAAUGGACUGAUAAGAUUAUGGAGUGUCCUGUGUAUUCUCCAACAAAGGAGGAAUUUCAGGAUCCUUUAAUUUAUUUGCAAAAAAUAGCUCCUGAAGCUUCUAAAUAUGGCAUAUGCAAGAUUGUUUCACCUUUGAGUGCUUCUGUACCUGCUGGGGUUGUUUUGAUGAAGGAGAAAGCAGGAUUCAAGUUUACAACUAGAGUGCAGCCCCUUCGCCUUGCCGAAUGGGAUACUGAAGACAAAGUCAAAUUUUUUAUGAGUGGAAGAAAUUAUACAUUACGUGAUUUUGAGAAAAUUGCGAACAAGAUUUUUGCACGAAGAUACUGCAGUGCUGGAGGUCUUCCUCCUACGUACUUGGAAAAAGAGUUUUGGCAUGAAAUCGGUUGUGGGAAAAUGGAAACUGUUGAAUAUGCAUGUGAUGUUGAUGGCAGUGCUUUCUCAUCUUCUCCCACAGAUCCACUUGGGAACAGCAAAUGGAAUUUGAAGAAACUUUCGCGGUUGCCCAAAUCAAUCUUGCGGUUCUUGGAAACGUCAAUUCCGGGAGUAACAGAACCCAUGCUAUACAUUGGAAUGCUGUUUAGUAUGUUUGCUUGGCAUGUGGAGGAUCAUUAUUUGUACAGCAUUAAUUAUCAACACUGUGGGGCAUCAAAAACAUGGUACGGCAUUCCAGGUCAAGAAGCUUUGGAAUUUGAAAGGGUGGUGAGAGAACAUGUGUAUACUACUGAUAUUUUGUCAAGUGAUGGGGAAGACGGAGCUUUUGAUGUUCUCCUGGGGAAAACAACACUAUUUCCGCCAAAUAUCUUGCUGGAGCAUGGAGUCCCUGUCUACAAGGCUGUUCAGAAGCCAGGGGAAUUUAUAAUAACCUUCCCUAGAGCAUAUCAUGCUGGCUUCAGUCAUGGUUUCAACUGUGGAGAAGCUGUGAAUUUUGCACUUGGUGAUUGGUUUCCUCUAGGGGCUACUGCUAGCCGGAGAUAUGCAUUUCUUAACAGGGUUCCUUUGCUUCCCCAUGAAGAACUUCUUUGCAAAGAAGCAAUGCGGCUCUGUAAAUGCUUGGAACUUGAAGAUCCAGACUUUCCCUCUUUAGACUUGAUUUCUCAUAAUAGCACUAAGAUUUCUUUUGUUAAUUUGAUGCGUUUCCAACACUGUGCUCGCUGGUUCCUAAUGAAAUCAAGGGUCCGUAUUAAUCUCUCUCUUCAUUCACAUGGCACGAUUCUCUGUAGCCUCUGCAAACGUGACUGUUAUAUAGCUUAUGUUGACUGCAACUGUCACGAGCAUCCUGUCUGCGUACGUCAUGAUGUCGAAUCUCUUGCCUUCAAGUGUGGAAGCAAGCACACUCUUCGUUUGAGGGAGGACAUUGUGAAUAUGGAAGAUGCAGCCAAGAAGUUUGAGCAGGAAGAUGGAGUAUUGGAGGAGUUAAGCAAGCAAACCGAAACUGAUCAAAAUAUGUAUUCAUAUCCUUUGUCAGAUUUGUUUCAGAGAGCUGAGGCAAAUGGAUACGUGCCUUAUUGCGAGCUUAAACUUGAUUCUGAUUUUGAGUGUUAUACAACUCCAGAACAGUCAAAUAAUCAAGAGUGUGCUACACAAAGUGUUUUCAGACAUAGCUCUGAAAAUUAUAAAGAAGUGUAUGAUGUUUCCUUUUCUUCUGCUGCAUCCACUCUUUGUUCUCUCUCAGAACCUCUUGAGAGCUCCUCUGCUCCCAGAAAUGCCGAGGGGCAUAGUAACUUAAAUUUAGGCACUAUUGAUUUUCAAGACCUUGGUGAAAGGAUAUCUAACAGUGCAUGCGAAUCUUCACUAUCUCCUGCUCUUUAUCAUGAAAGCUCAGCUAAACCGCAGGGUGGUCUUCAGCGAUACGACACAAAGCCCAUUGUGGAUAAUGAAAGUGAUGAUUCUGAUUCAGGGAUGUUUAGGGUAAAGCGCCCUUCAGCUCUGAAAGCAGAGAGGAGAAAUGUGAACAAGGUUUUGUCUUCAAAGAAUUCUGAGCAGCAGGGACUUAAUCGACUGAAGAAAGUCCGUCCUGAAGGAAAAUGCAGACAACCAAUGGACCUCAGCAGAAGCAAUGAAUCAAGUUUCAAAUUUAAUAGUUAUCCUGAUACUCAUAAAGUUUAUGGCGAUAUUUCCUCAAAGGACAGGUCUGCUAGGGGAAAUGGCAUUCCCAUUUCAGUAAGGUAUAAGAAGCCAUGCAACGGGGAAUUAAGUGUGCAACGAGAUCACCACCGGAGCGAUAGGUUGCAGCAAACUUCUAGGGAACCGCCUUCCAUUGAGUUAGGGACAAAGCGCCUAAAAGUCCGAGGCCCCUCAUUUUUGGGCUUAGAGAGCAGAUUGAGUUGAAGUUUCGAGUUACCUCAAAAAUAUUGAGAGUCUGACUUUGCUAACUUCAUUUAGCUAAUGGGCUUUCUAACAAUACAGAAAAUGCAAAUUAUUGAUUCAGGAAGCAGUGGCAAGAUAUUAACCAAUUAGGAUAAGAAUUUACAUUCUUUGUGCAGGCCUAACAUUUGGGCAAUCUGCACGGGUGGUGAUCCUCUGGGUUCUCUGGCCGAGGUGUUUUUCCAACUUUGGUGGUUGAACCUGACCUGCAAAGUUAGGACUUAGAUAUUGGGUUAGCGACUCAUUUCUAUGUACAUUUGUUUUCUUCAUAUCAAUCGUUUAGGUCUUGCUAGGAGCAUGGGUCUCUCCAUUGUUUUCUCAUUGAAUGCUAUUAGCUGCUUCCCCUUUUGACGUUAAUUCAUUCUUUGUGUAGCAAUAGGUCCUUUAUACCUAGAACUACAUGAAUAAAAUUAAAAGAAAUAGCUCAUUUUCUCUCA